AUGCCUUCCUUCAAGACCAACGCCGUCCUGUCCGCCCUUGCCGGCGCCGCCUCGGUCAUGGCCCACGGCCACGUCGAGAGCGUCAUCGCCGACGGCCUGGAAUACCCGGCCUUCGCGCUAUCCAACUUCUACAACCCGAACCACGGCCCCCUCGUCGGCUGGUCCACCACCGCCACCGACAACGGCUUCGUCGAGCCCUCGGCCUACCAGAGCGGCGACAUCAUCUGCCAUCGCGACGCCACCAACGCGGCCGGCCACGCCGUCGUCUCGGCCGGCGGCUCCAUCUUCCUCCAGUGGGACACCUGGCCCGAGUCCCACAAGGGCCCCAUCAUCGACAUGCUGGCGCCCUGCAACGGCGACUGCGCCGCCGUCGAGAAGUCCUCGCUCGAGUUCUUCAAGAUCCAGGAGGUCGGCCUGAUCUCCGGCGCCGGCGUCUCCGGCACCUGGGCCUCGGACGAGCUCAUCGCCAACGGCAACGGCUGGCUCAUCAAGAUCCCCGAGACCCUGGCCGCCGGGAACUACGUCCUCCGUCACGAGAUCAUCGCCCACCAUGCCUCCGGUCAGCCGAACGGCGCCCAGAACUACCCUCAGUGCAUCAACAUCCAGGUUACCGGUGGCGGCUCCGACCUGCCGGCUGGUGUUGCCGGUACUUCGCUCUACACCGCCGACCACGCCGGUAUCCUCUUUAACCUCUACACCAACUCGCCCGAGUACGAGAUGCCGGGACCUGCCGCUCCGGCCAUCGCCACUGUUAUCGAGCAGCGCGUUCCUGAGAAGGUUGGCGACGCCGAGCCUGUUGUCGGCGACUCUGCCCCUGCUCCUGCUCCUGCUCCUACCCCCGCUCCUUCUCCUGCUCCCACUGAGCCUGAGGUUCCCGAGGUUCCUGAGGAGACCCCUUCUCCGGUUCCCGAGCAGCCCGAACAACCCGAGCAGCCUGAACAGCCCGAGGAGUGCCCUGCCCUCCGUCGCCGCCGUGCUCGCCGUGCUGCCCGUCGCGCUGCCCGCCGCCACGCCCGCGACGUGCGUGCUUAA